CCACCGCCUCCUCAUCAUCAGCCUCCUCCUCCUCCUCGCCGCCGCAGUCAUCGUCUGACGGCUGUCACCGCCUCGUGUUCGCGUCAGUCUCCGCUGCUUCUUCUCUCGCCUCUUCUCUUUCUCUACCGAGUUGCUCGCGUAGAUUUGUUGCAAGUUUUGUUGGGCGGCGGUAGACAGAGAAGGGGGUGAGACGCGGUGAGGUAGCGGCGGGGUUUUUGUUGUUGUCGUCGCGGAGAAAGGCGGAGAAGAAGUUUAACGCGGGCGGAGCAGCAGCAGCAGGGCGCUUCCGACAGCGUGGGGAAAGUUUCCUCUCGUUUUGUUAUUUUUGUUGUCGCCGCCGCCGCUGCUGCUGCUGCUGCUGUGACUGCUCUGCACGGAGACGAUGAAGAACAAGCAGCAGAAGAACGCGCACUGAAAAGGACAGGUGCCAUCGCAAGGUCAAAUAGGCGGCAUGCCCAAUGGAUGAGGUCAAGGCUGAGGACAAUCUGGGGGUCAGUGACGAGUCGGGCACGAUCAAGCGCAAGCGUGGAAAUCUGCCCAAGGAGGCGGUGAGCCUGAUGCGCGAGUGGCUCUUGGCGCACCGCUUCAACGCCUACCCGUCGGAUGUGGAGAAGAUCAUGAUGAUCCAGCGCACGCAGCUCACGUCGCUGCAGGUUUGCAACUGGUUCAUAAAUGCUCGUCGUAGGGUGCUGCCCGAUGUUUUGCGCAUGGAAGGUGAAGACCCGGCAGAUUACGUGGUGUCCCGAAAAUCGUCCGCUAGGACCACUGCACGGCAGUUGGCGCUUCGCUGGAACAGCCAUGCUGCCGCAGGUAUGUCCAACGGGCUGCCCUUCACUAUGGAGCACCCCACGUUUGCACUGCCACUGAUCGACCGCGAAGUGACGGUGGCUGCCGUCAGGCCGUCCAACAGCAGGGUGCUGCGCCCCUCCGUGAUCCAGCACACCACCUCACCGCUGCCUGUGCGUUCCCCACCCAGUUUUAUGGCUGACCUUCCCCACAACCGGCUGGUCAACUACCUCUUUGACGCUGUCAUCUCCGAGCGCCAGUACUUGAAGGAUAACGGCGGCUCUGUCAGCCCAAACUAUGCGACCGCUUACGCAAACAUCUGCGACAGUGGCAGCAACAGCAGCAGCGGGAUUAGCACCAGCAGCAGCACAAGCAGCACCCCAAUUACUUUCCAAGAUUUUCCGUUGGACUACAGCUCUCCGAAAUUGAACCCUUAUGACACCGAGACAUACAAAACCAUUUUCCACAACAGCGCUUCGCCUGUAAGUCCAGCGGAUAUGCCUGCAGGUCCACCGGACUUUGCCAACCUCUGUAUGCUUGCUGAUGUAGCUGUGGAGCAGGCUAUGUACCUUGGAAAGUGUUCCAAGUUUUAGGCACAUGCAUUGCCGACCUACUGGUGAAGUGUGGCAGCUUUUCAUUGGUCUCAUGCAGGUUGGGAUUUGUUCCCCUUGGAUCAGACCAACAGCACUUCAUCCAAUGGGUAAUGGCAAGGGGAUUUUAAAAAAAAUUGAUCGUCAACAAUACAUGACCACCGAUAAGUGCGAUCUUUAGUUUUUUUUCUCUUAAUUGUUUCCAUUUACAGCGACUGAACAAAUCAAAGGUUUAAACAAUGCAAAGCUUCGUGCUAAAUUUUACAAUGAUACAGCCACCUUUUGAACAUCUUUCUGUUCAACAAAACCCCCAAAAAUGCUUUUGACAUUCCUGUGCACUAUUAGGUGUAUACCACUACACAUCUAUUUUAUUAACGAGUUACACAAAACAAAGCAUAUAGACAAUAUUCUUACAAUACAGACUAUGCACUGCAUGGUAUUGAAACUGGUGUUUUUGAGGCACAUGGUCCAGAUAAAUGCAAGCUUGUCAGAUGUUUGUUUUCAUUUAGUUUCAAGUGCAGUGGAGUUUUUUUCUCACGUGCAAAGUGUGCCUCUAGGUCGGUUGGUUAGUUACAACCGGAAUAGAAGUAUUAUCGUAUGCAACGCUCUGUGCAUUUUAACUUUAAUGUCUAAAUAGUUUGUUAGUUUUAGGCGUAGAAGUUUUUCAUAGUUUAAGUUGUCGUCGGCCUAAAGUGCAUUUCUUGAGUAUUUUUUGCAUGGUUUCUUAAUUUUAAGGUAGUUGAGCAAAACUAAAAAAACUGUGAGCAUGGCAGCCUUUAGUAAAUUUAUAAAAGAAAAUUGGGCUUCUCAAAUCUCACGUGUGGCACAGUUGUGAACACGGUUUGUAUGUUGGGAGUUUUAAUAAAUAGGUCCAAAAGUAACCCCCUCUUUCUUUUAUAAUGUAUAAAUGCUGCCAUUUCCCUCGCAUAAAAAAACAUUUUUUGCAAUGUAACUUUAACUUUUUUUUAUACUGAAUUGUGAUGCUGCAUAUUGUUAAGUAUUUGUAUAUUUAGUUUUUUUGUUUAAAUACCGUUGUAGUCACUUUGCGUCCCAGUGGCUCUGUUUUCAUCGGGGUGAUGACGUUACACAUUGAUGCUGACUAUUAUGGAUCAUGAGCUUAAAAUAUUUGAUUUUGAGUAAAAACGUAAAAAUUUAAGUAAUUAAAAUGCUUGGGAUGAUACUUUGAGGUUAAUUUUAACAUUUAAGUCAAUAUUAAAAUGUUCAGACACAAUCUGUCUCUCUUGGGUCGACAGACAUCUUUUUUAAAUCUUGGUAUUCAAGCACCUUGAUUUAGUUAUGCAUGGUCCAAUACAAUGGUCCUCUUAACGUUUGGGUCAUUUCCAUACGGUAUUGUUUUCAAAUCGACAUGCACACUUGGAAACCUGUCACCUACCUUGUGCAAGACUCGUUGCGCAAAUCAGAUUAGUGUUGCAAUAACUUUCAAUCUGCUCCACGGUGAAACUGGCAAACUUUCUGGAUGUACUUUACACUAAUCAUAACGGUACUUGUCUUGCACUGCACAGUGGAAACCAAAAAAUGAUGAGGGUUUGUUGUGUUAAUGUUGCUUACUUGGGCAGUUUUUUUUCUUGUCAUUUGAUAAAUACUGCGUAACAGUUGUACUGUAUUUAUAUUUAAAAGUAAAGUAAUUUGUUUUUUGCAUAUCUUUUUGACCAUUUAUUAAAUAUAACCCAUCUUCCGAGUGUCAUUAAUAACCUUUUUUUGUAAAGUGUAUUAAGGUUAUCUUUUUAAUGUGCACAUUUGGGCCAAGCUACAUUUUAUGCUAAGCCGUAAACAUUUAAUUUAUUUUUUGACAUUACUUUUUCAUAGCGGACUUUGAAUGUGCCCAUUUUAAGUAGAUGGUGUUGUCUGGCCAGCAUGUUCAUAUAAUACACUGCAUUACAUAAUUUGAGUCUUCAUGGGUAGCAUAUACAUAUAUGCAUCAUUAUAUACUUGUUAUGUAUGCAGUGACGCCUCGUGAAGUGAUCCUAUAAAUGUUAAUGUGUAGCUUUUUCAAUCUGAUUAUAGCGGUUGACUAUACUUGACGGUUGCUUGUUUUUAGGUUAGUUUUUGUUAGUUAUUUAGAUUAGUUUCUGAGUUUAAAUUAAAAGGGAGUGUUUUCCAGGGGUAAGUGUUUUAAGUUGAUGGUUUUUUAAAAUAAACUACCUCGCUGUCGUGGUUUAUUUUUUUUCUGUUUAAUGGGCGAUGAAUGUUUCCAUGGGUAAAUGAUGAAGAAUGGUGAGCACCUGUGUGCAAACAUUAAAAUGUAUGGGUCUCAUGGAAAUGCAAUAGUUUGACGUUUAAGAAGUAGACUUAAAAGCAAACCUGCUGGAAAUGUAUGGAAAUUGCUGUGUUUUCCUUUUUAAUUCAGAACUUGAAUUUAUUAUUUCGUGUUGUCGAAGUUUCACUGCAUUAUGCAAUUGUCAUUGUCUCCGUUGUUAAAUUAACGGUAAACAGAAGCAAACUUGCGUAUGCUGCAAUAGGUGGAAAUUAGGUAAAACAAUUCCUUGAUUUUCAUUCUGUGGUUAUAAAUGAUGAACACCUGUUUAAUUUUCAUCAGUGAUAGACAUUCAGGUGUUUGACCAUUUUUUCGGGAUAUCAUGUUAGAAAUGUGAGUAAUGUAAGAAGACUAAAUGGAGCAGAGUGCCUUACUUUUAUGCAAACAUAAAAUAAUUUGCCAAUCUACAACAAUGUGAAUGUGUGUUCAGCCUAAACACUACCAAUUGAUCAAAUUCAGUUUGUUAAUAGUGUUUGUGGUGUCGGUUUGAUAUGCCCCAAUGUAGCCUUAAAUGUUAAAUUCGUUCAGUACUGUGUGCACAUGAUUGCCAUCUGAAAGCUUAUCACGUGUGCUGGAUGUACUUAAUUACAUGUUACAUCCUAUUCUGUGCAUAUGGUUUGGACAUUUUAAUGUUGUUUAUAACAAGUCACCUUGUCCCCAUACUUAAUAACCAUUGUGGCCUUUAAUAGUAUGUGUGUGCGUGUAUAAAUCCAGUACCAGUAUAGAUGAAGCACAACACUGGGAAGACUGUGAAGACUGAUUUAGUUGGCUGGAUGUGACAACUCAUUGAGCUGUGCAAUAACUGCCUUCAGGUUGCAAGGGUUUAUAAUGCUUUUCUACAUUUUUUUUUCUACUGUAAUGGAAGCUUUCCUUCCAAUUGUUUGUAAACUGUGAUUUUUAAAAAUGAGAAUUAUCAUUGCUGUAUUUUUACGUUCAAUAAAAGUUU